AUGUUUGGACCCAAUGCCAGCUACCCUUUCGAGACCGCAACGGCGGCUCACCCGCCGGCGCUGAAACCUGGUCAGAGUAUCCAACAGCUAGCAUCGGCAUAUUUAGCGGCGUUUAGGACGAAAAUACCUGAUGGAUAUUUCUGGGACUGGCUGCCGUUUUUCGAGGCGCUGGUCGAAGGGAAUAUCUACGCUCAUGGCGUUAGCAUUGUAUUCCCGCCCGACGAGGGCGAUCAAAUGGGCUUUCCGGCUGAUGACGACUCGUGGCGCGACAGCCACGUAGCUGUCAGGGGAAAGGUGCCGAAGCCGCCUGGUAGCGGGUCGUGGAAUUACACGUGGUAUAUUCCCGAAUGGUCUCACCCUGAUUUUGACCCGAGCUUCACCGUGUCAUAUACGAAAGGAUUCCGCAUGCUGGGCUCCAGGGAUCCGGUUGUUAGGCUGUACCCGGCACUGCGGCCCCAAGACCAAAUUCAUCGGCCGACAGAGUGGGCGAAACGCUUCGGUAUCUAUCCGGGAGAGCUUGGGGGUCGAAGUCGUCUCAGCCCGACGCUAUCUGCGACUCGGGACCCGUGGGAGGACUACGCGAACCAGCUUAACCUGCUCCCGGAAGAAGCGAGAAGAAAACUCGCCCAAGAGACGAAAGAUGCGGCGCUGAAGGCGGGGAAACCCCUUCCCCCCGAAGGCUAUAUCGACAAGGAUGCGUUGGAGAAUCUGAUGAAUUCCGAACAGAGGAUGACGGGACAGCAGCUACGGGUAAAGAUAGCGUCGUACCUAACUGACGAACAUGUUCCCCUUAACCUGCAAGUCGAACCUCCUACUACCUUGGAAGAGUUCGUAGACGACCUUCGAGAGAACUAUCCGCAUAUCUUAGAAGCCCACAAGACGUAUUUCCAGAAGGCCUUAGAUGAUCAAGAUUAUCAACGGAUUAUGUUCCAUGAUAUGACGUCCGACGAGAUGGUAUACAACAAUAUUUAUACGCAGUCUAACGAUCCGAUUUGCGAUCUUGAAGGCCCGAUUCAUCCUGCUCUCCAAAGAGACAGGUGGAGAGAUAGUUCGUCAAAAGGGGCUGACAGAUUCGACCCUCGAUACUUGUAUAACCUCAAUGGUGUAAGAGAGGAAUGGGAUAUGAGAACGAACGAUACCCUAUGGGCUGCGAUGCAACCAGCACUACUGCUUGUAUCGAAAAUGCUUUUAAGCGGCCAUCCCGGCAUACGGGAUGUGAUGGACCUAAGGACGCGAUACAAGAUUCCGGACGAGCUAGUUUCAGAGCGGGAAAAUCCCAGGACGCCCAAUCUCGUUGGAUACAGGCCCAUGGAGAAGACGGUCUUGGACCUCGAAAACUCGUGGCCGGAGAUGAUUCAGCUGAAUAACAUGGGAUACGAUUUUAUCGAAAACGUGUGGAGGGUUCUCUUCUAUUGCCUUCGCUUCGAAAUUAGUUGCGCGUGGUUUGAGCCUACCGAGUCGGAUGAUGCAGAUGCUGUUGAUGGCGUUAAAGAGACGAGGACCUUGGUAUAUGGGAUAACUCAGGCGAGUGGCCGCGGCUCGGAUACGGUCAUCACUAUUUGGAUAGCGGCUGAGUUGAUAUGGCCAUUGUUGGUGCCCCAAUAUAGCCAAAGCGAGAAGGUGACGGCGUCUUUCAUAAUUGCCUCGACGUUGAUACAUGAGUUCGCUCAUGCAGUCAACUGUGCCCAAUUAAUUCUAACGACCGACACGUUUUUUGCAGAUUUUCCAGGCCAACCUGAUCAGACUGCGGGCCUUCUUAGACAACUGUCGCAUGUUCUUUGGGACUCGGAUGUAGAAGACGGAGACCCUUUUUGGGAUGGUAUAGGUAUGGCUGAGUUAGGCUUUGAUCUCGAGAAGUCGGUUUGGGGGUUCCUCAUCAACGUCAUGAUGAGCGGCUCAUUCAUCAAGCCUUCCAGACAGAUAACCACUUUGUCGUUGAUAGCGGAAGCAAAUCCGUAUCCCGCUGCUAGAAACCCCCCUCCGCCUGGAUUAAAACGCGUAGGAUACAUCGAAGACGCCGAGUAUCCCACCGAGAAUUAUUGUCAUCCCAUCCCCAUCGACUAUAUGGCUCAGUUCUUCAGGGAGACCUUCUGGACCGAUGUCUACCCUGUAUGGGGUCCCGAAGCCAUGAAGCUGAGCCCCAAGGAUCGCCUCCUGAAGACUACAAUGUCAACUACUUGGGUACACGCACCCAUGGGUGAGAAGGUCUAUGGUCGUGCGGAAUGGUGGUUUCUGUCCUUCGUAUACCGGACGCUGGUGAAGAACGACUACCAAAUACUAGGAGAGUAUUUGAGACGAAAGGCGUGGCACAAGAUACUGCCUUCGGUGUUAUCGCUCCGCUGGGAAUAUGAUUGCCAACAAUGGGAAAUAGAAACCAUCAUGCCCCUAAAUGCUCACUUCAUGAAAUUGGAUAGCGAAAUAGACAAUGCACAAGAGAUCUUUCGGAUUUGCGAGUUAGACUACGAUAGCCAGCUCGACACGUACGUUACUCAACACAACAGUAACAUUCUUAGUGGUGCGGAUCACAACGUGAUGUCCUUCAUGGAAUGGUCCCAAAUGUACGAACGGAACCGGGAAUACUAUAUCGCUGUAGGCGGGACUCUUAUGAAGGAAGUAUCAGCAACAUACAGAGCCUUGAUGAAGGACCUCGGAUACCUACAGCGUGUGAUGGUCGACUUUCUCAGCUUAGAUCUCAAUGCCCGGGCCUAUAUUUAUACAAACAACGGCGCUGCGGAUGAAGGUCCCCUCGGGGUCAUGUACCGACACAUAGAAGAGGCGUUUGAAUGGACUCAAUACUUUGUAAAGAUAAUUAACGUAUAUUCCAAUGGAGCAGACACUGAAUCCCUCCAGCACGAGUGGGUCACAUGGGAAACACGUUUCCGAUCCUGCAAUAUGGCCUAUACGGACAUCAUGGAGAUGCUGGGUGAUCCGGACCGGUGGGACCCGGACGACAUCAGCUGGAGAAGACGUUUUACAACGGUACCGUCCUCCUACUGGAAAAACCGCAUGGAUCGAUUAAGUGUUCUUGCACACAGACAGUACGUCAGGUUAGACCCACGGAUCCGUCAUGUUUUCGAUGAAUGCGAAGCAAUCAUGGAACGCCUACAGGGAACGAGCAAUCUCCCUAUUCCGUUCCAGGACUUCGACGGAACUGUUAGCAAUAUACAACGAAGAGUAAGAAAUGUGACGAGCCUGGGUCAACCUCCGCCUGCGGAUAGAGUGUAUAACUGGACCGCCCCUGGCCCGGUACGGAAACAUAUAAAGAACCGGCCCCGAGCUUUCACACCGGAUGUGCUGCCUAGCCCCAUCAAGACCGAGUUACCCAAGUUCGACUUUACUCCCUCAGGCAAGGAAGAAAUAAAAGACACUUUUGGUGUACCGCGCGACGCAAGCACACUAGGAACACGCGCGCCUCGACGGCUUAACAUACCGGACUGGGGCUCAAGCGGCGGAAACUUAGGUGGUUCCACGUCCGGGUCGACAUCACGGGGCGGUGCUCUGGGGACAACAGGAGGUGGACUCAGCAAAAACCGGCGUCAGUCGCAUAGGGGCUUCGCACGUUGGAACAAGGAUCGGGACGGCGCACAAUUUAUCCUGUCCGCGCAGAAGAUGAAUAGCCUAGACAGUCUCCAGGAGAUAGGGGUGUCGAGUUCAACCAUCGAGGAGAUAGUUAGAUCGGGCCCCUUCGGAACAGGAGGACCUUUUCAGAGUGGGACGGGAGAUAGCAUCUUCAGGCCACAAUCUAUUGGUUCUAGAGCCGGGAAGCAGCCGACUAUAUUCCCUAAUGCGUUUGCAAAUCCUUUGGUCACGACACGGGAUUCCAUUUUACACGACGAGCAGUACCUCCUCCAGGAGGCGCAGCGGUGGGAGGACCGUAGGGGACAACAAUACCAAGCAACGGAUACCUGGCGGGACGCGCGAGCUACGGGCUUCGGUAGUACUGAAGGCCAAAGUCCGGGUUCGUCCUCCGGAUCCCCGAGCGCAUUCCCGUCCCCUGCUCCUAGCAUUUAG